CCCGUCACUAGAAGAAGGCCAGCGCCUGCCGGUCUUGACUGGGCACUUCUUUGAAAAACCUAGAGAGGCGAGCUCAUCCGAGCUCCACGCAGCCCCGUUGAGUCAUGGGGACUUCUGGUGUUUGUUUAGAGUGACGGUCACGUGGCGGUAGGUUUCUAUUACUGGAAACGAAAGUCCAAAUGCGGGGGCUCAACACUACGUUGUUUACAGCAGCACAGAGGUUGAACAUUAAUGAGCUUUAUGGUGCCGCGCCCGACGCAGCGGCCUACAUUAAGAGCAGAAACCAGACUUCACUUUAGAAAACUACUGAGCCCCGGCCGGACGAUGAGUGCUGCUCAAAGUGAAACAACACUGGAGGCCAAACUGGAGGCCCUGCAGUGCCACUUCACCUGGGAUCUGGUCCCCAGCAGGUCCAAACUUUUCCGUCUCAGGGACAAGCUGGAGGACAUUGGCACCGAGGAGGGAUACAGCUGGCUGGGUCACAUUUACAACCUGCAGGGGUACAUCCACUACCAGCUGGGGUCCACCGACGACGCCAGGAGUUUCUUCAGCAGGGCUGCAGAGGCCUUUUGCCAGAUGAGAAACACCGUCUCAGACGAGGGUCCCUGGUUGGUGGUCAACUACGGGAACCAGGCUUGGCUGCACUACCAUCAGGGCGAACGAGCAGAGAGUCAGGCCUGCCUGUCAAAGGUCGACGCCCUGACGAACGAAUACCCGUCUCCGUCGCAGGACGAGCUCCAUCCGGAGAUCUACGCCGAAAAAGCCUGGACUCUGAUGAAGUUCGGCAGAGAAAAAAAGCUGCUGGCCGCAGGUUUCUUCCAGAGAGCCAUCAGGAUGCAGCCGGACAUGGUGGAGUGGCAGACCAGCCACAUUUUAGCACUAGUAAAUGGCGUUAAACACAGCGACAAAGGGCUGGAGCCCGACAUCUUGGAGAAAAUGAGAAUCGCCAAGGAACACGAUCCGGAGAACCUGUACCUCGCUGCUCUUUAUCUUGAGGCAUGUGCCGCCAAAAGACAAAAAAUUGAAGAUGAAGCACGUGAGUUGGCCAGAGGGGUUUUGAAAAUGCCUGUUAGCAGCUACAGUGGUAUCAAACCAUUACUAAAGCUGUACAGAAUGUAUAUAUCUAUGGAUGAGGCUAUUGAUUUGGCAGAAGAGGCCCUGGAAAGACAUCCAGAUGAGCGUUACCUGAAGAGGUGUGCUGCAAUCUGCUACAAAAUGAGGAUCUUUUUACAAAGGGACAGUCCCCUAGAGCACAGCAUGAUGGAGAGAGCAAUCAGCCUCUACGGGGAAGUGAUUUCACUUUAUCCUGAUUCUUCGCUUAAGAGAAAAAUAUCUUUUGCAAACAUACAUGCACAGUCAGGUCACGGCCAAGCUGCAGCUGACCAGAUCUAUGAGGAACUGCUGAACAGUAAUCUGGAUCCUAAAGGAACACAGAUGCUCUACAACUACUAUGCAAAACAUUUACAAUUCAUGCGAAAGGAGAGCCACAAGUCGAUAGAAUACCACAUGCGGGCAGCGGCGAUACCGCAGAAGUCCUUCUAUCGUGAGAACAGCAUCAGUAUUCUGGAGAGGAUUAGAGGAAGAAACAGAAACCGAAUGUGUGGAGAAAUAGAGGAGUUUCUGGCCAACCUGAGAACCUACAAUAAAGAGGGAACGUUUAGCGUACUGUAACAUCGUCGGAUCGGAAUCCAGAAUAAUGGAAAAAAAUCUGUACACACUCAUUACCAUGAUAGAUAUACAGAUUUGGAAAACCCGUGGAGAAAAUAUUUAAUUACUCAUGUUUUUGUUUGGUAAUACCCAGCCAUUGUUUUUCAAAGCAUGAAUUAAAAUGUAUUUCCGGGAAGAGAAACAGUCUAAUAACCCUAAGAGUCGCGUCUCAUAAAUAUGAGAUAAAAUGUCAUAAUUUUGAGUCAAUUUUAUCAAUGUAGCCCAAAUAGCAAUUCACAAAUGCACCUCAAAAGCUUUAACAUCUAUCCAUUGACUCUCAAUUCAAAUAAGGAAAAAAUCACAAGGAUAAAAUCAUAAGGGAAGUCAAAUUACCUUUGAAUUAAAGCCCCUAAAAACAUGUUUUCUUAGUUAGAUUUUACUAUAAACUCUUCUGACAAAAGGUGACAGAAUUUAAUCUGAUGAAAUAUGUGCGGUUUGUUUACAUUCGAGUUUUUGACUGUUAAACUGUCAAUAAAUUGUUAUUAUAGUUAAUAGAAAUAUAUAAGGAGGUGAUUUGUCUGAACUGUAACUUCAAUUGUUGAUGAUUUUUU